CGAUAAGAACCACAUGCACUUUGGUGCCAUCACGUGUGCCAUGGGGAUCCGCUACAAGUCGUACUGCUCCAACCUGGUGCGCACACUCAUGGUGGACCCCUCUCAGGAGAUGCAGGACAACUACAACUUCCUGCUGCAGGUGGAAGAGGAGCUGCUCAAGGAGCUCAAGCACGGAGUCAAAAUCUGUGACGCAUACAAUGCAGUCAUGGAGUACGUGAAGAAAGAGAAGCCGGAGCUCGCGCAGAAGCUGACCAAAAACCUCGGUUUUGCGAUGGGGAUCGAGUUCAGAGAAGGGUCGCUGGUUUUGAACGCCAAAAAUCAGUACAGACUAAAAAAAG